CAUAAAAAGCGAAAGGGAAACAAACUGUUUAUUAGCGUAAAACAGAUAAGGCGAAUUCUAAAAUAACUUUGAUCGUUCACGAAUAUUUUCGCCGAACGAAACGAACCUGUCGCAAGGUGUCGACCGUGCGAUUCCUUCGUGAUCCUUCGUACAUUUUCGUACCCGUUCGGCGGGCUGGCGCGCGCUCCGUUUGGUGUAUGAUGGUUCAGUAUUCGUUGCGACUCCGUAAAAGAGGGACGUGUUCCCGCGGUGUCUGCUCCUUCGUAAUCGCGUCGUAACCAGAAAACGCGUACGCGAGGUGCGAGAACGCCCCAAGUAACCGUUUUUGUAACUAUUUCCGUGUACCGGUUGAAAAUUACCGACUCGAGUUGAACGUUUUCCCGUCCCGUUCUGUGUUAUUGCGUACAAUCGACGGAGACUGGAAGAAAGAAGAGGCGGAGCAAGAAGGGCUAUACGCAGGGACUGCAGAGAAAGGAAACACGGAAGGAUUAUAUAUUCGAACAACAUGGCCACUGCGAUUGACGACCGGCAGGAGUUGUUGGAGCAAUUUCAAGCGAUCGACGAAAAUGGAGACGGCUUCAUCAACCUCACAGAGCUACGCAGCGCCCUGGAUAUUUGUGGCUUCAAGAUGCCCGGAUACAAGGUGCGUCAGAUGAUCGAGGAAUACGACGAUAAGCAGAGAUCAGAACACAAGGGACGACUUUCGUUCGAGGAGUUCGAGAAGCUGUGCAAAGAGUUGAAGGCCAACGAACUGGGAUCCACGUUCAAACAAGUCGUCUCGAAGAAAGAGAAUCUGGAGACCCUAGGGGGCAUCUCCGAAGCCUCCAGCGAGGGAACCACCCACUCGGUCAGAUUAGAGGAACAACUUGCGUUCAGUGACUGGAUCAACACCAAUCUGUCACACGAUCCUGAUUUGAAACACCUGCUGCCUAUCGAUGCUGAAGGGAAGAUGCUGUACGAGAAGGUCAAGGACGGGAUUCUUCUUUGCAAAAUAAUCAACCACUCCUGCCCCGACACGAUCGACGAGCGCACGAUCAACAAGAAGAACCUAACCUUGUACAAGAAGCACGAAAACCUGACUCUAGCUCUAUCAUCGGCGCAAGCGAUCGGUUGCAACAUCGUCAACAUCGACGCGCACGAUCUGACGAAAGGAUCCCCUCACUUGGUGCUGGGUCUCCUCUGGCAGAUCAUCAGGAUCGGUCUAUUCAAUCAGAUCACCCUGGAGAACUGUCCUGGCUUGGCCACUCUUCUCCAAGACGGCGAACGCAUAGAAGACCUGCUGAAAUUGUCUCCGGAAUCCAUUCUGCUCAGAUGGGUGAAUCAUCAUUUGGAGAACGCCGGAAUCGCCAGAAGGUGCAGCAACUUCCACUCGGACAUCACCGACUCCGAAAUCUACACGUACCUCAUCAAACAGAUCGCUCCGCACACUGCCGGAGUGACCUUGGAGGCCCUAAUGGAGCCUAACCACACCUCGCGAGCGGAGAUCAUGCUGCAGCAAGCUGCCAAACUGGGUUGUCGCAGCUUCGUAACACCAAGCGACGUUGUUAACGGUAUCUACAAGCUGAAUCUGGCCUUCGUUGCGAACAUGUUCAAUAAUUACCCAGGUCUGGAUAAGCCCGAGAGCAACAUAGAGGGUCUGGAGUCCCUAGAAGAGACCCGGGAAGAGAAAACCUAUCGUAACUGGAUGAACUCCAUGGGUGUGGCGCCCUACGUCAAUUGGUUGUACUCCGAUCUAGCUGACGGUUUAGUCAUCUUCCAACUUUACGACAUCAUCAAGCCGGGAACCGUGAACUGGAACAGGGUGCACAAAAAGUUCAGCAAGCUACGGAAGUUCAUGGAGAAGCUGGAGAACUGUAAUUACGCGGUGGAACUUGGGAAGACGAUGAACUUCUCGCUGGUGGGAAUCGCAGGACAGGAUAUCAACGAUGGAAACGCUACGUUGACCUUGGCACUGAUAUGGCAGCUGAUGAGAUCGUACACGCUGUCGAUACUGACGUCGCUCGCUGGAACACAAGGCAGCACCUUGGUGGAAAAGGAGAUCGUGCAAUGGGUCAAUUCGAAGCUGCAGGGCGCUGGCAAGACUAGUAGCAUCAAAGGCUUUCAGGAUUCCUCGAUAAGCGACGGGAAGGUGGUGAUCGAUCUGAUCGACGCUAUUAAACCGGGCUCUGUGAAUUAUGACCUUGUCAAGGAAGGAGGAACCGAAGAGGCGAACCUGGACAACGCGAAAUACGCGAUAUCCUUGGCCCGAAAAUGUGGCGCGCGCGUUUACGCGCUACCGGAGGACAUAACCGAGGUGAAACCGAAGAUGGUGAUGACGGUGUUCGCUUGUCUGAUGGCGAUGGACUACAUCCCCAAUAUGGACUCCGUGAAGCAGCAGAACAACGUGAACAACAGUCAAUAAUGUCGCGCCAUCAUCUGCGUUCACAUUGUGCACGAGAACUGUCGAAUGAGUUGCGGUUUCUUACCGUCUCUCUUUCAACGACCUAACAAUUGUAUAUACAGCUAGCUUUAGGAUUAGCCUGUUCGUUUACAGAACGAAACUAGAGAACGAGAAGAAACGGAGAAUCUUUCAGCGAAACGGAUCAUGACUGACUCUUAAUUAUUCUUCCGCGUUGCCCGCUUUGGUAGACGUAUUAAUACGUUCGAGAUGUAGCUUCAUUAUUGUAUUGUCUCUCUAAGUGGUUUGGUUCGUUCGAUCACUGCGUUUCUGUAUUUUUAAGUAAAUAGAUUUUUGUCUUCCUAGAUAAAUUUCGAUUUCUGUAAAUUUUUACAUUUUUUUAUUGGCAAGUUUAAUCUUUUCGGUAGGUUUCUGCUAAAUUAGUAAAUUGGUCAAAUUUUAGAUUCGUAGGAUUUGUGCUUUUUGGCAGAUUUUGAUGAACAGAUUAGUUCUUUAAGAAAAUUUGUAUUUGUUAAAUUGGCAAACUUUGCUAAUUAGCAGAAUUGUACCCUGUAGGAAUAUUUCUGCUCCACGUGCCAAAUUUCUACUCUUUUAAUUUGUAAAGUUUUUAUUUCCCAAGUGGAAAAUUCACAUUUUACUAAUUAAUCUAAUGCAAAAGUUGAGUUAUAAUUAAUAAAUUUGAAUCAAACUUACAUAACAAAAUUUUGGGUCAUUUAAAAAUAAUUAUAAAUAAAAAAUGUAAUAAUAACUGUUGUUUUUGUUUAUUUGGUUUAGUCAAAAAGUUGAUCGACUUCAAUAUAUUCUUUCAAUUGAUCAACGAACAUCUUAAAUAUUCGCCUUUAUGUCUUUCACCGUCAUGUUGGUUAACAAUGAUUCUGUCACGUUAAAAUAAUAAAGAAAAAGAAUUAAAGUAGUUAUAAAUUAUAUCACCAAUGUAAAACAGCAAACUGAUAAAUCGUAGUCAAGGAUUAAUUUAAUCCUGUGUCUUACCAGAUACGAUUGCAUUUACUGUAUCGGUUAUCGUGAUAAGAGGUAAACUAUUGUUUCGUCCCACUUAGAGAGGUAAUACAGUUAUUGCACAGAAAAGUGAAAAUUAGAAGAAUACCCCGCGUUAGACGUUGCUAGCGAGUUUCGAAGCGAGAGUCACGGGAAAGGAAGUAGAAAUCGAUUGUAACGAUCAGACAGAGCGUGUCUGUUGCAAUUCGCUCUUCUUGUCGAUCGUUUGUUGUAUUCAGGGCCGUCCAGAGACGCCACUGGGCCCCGUAAAAAAAUGUACACGGGUCAAAGUAAAAAGAAAUUGGGCCCCGAAAACCUCUCGACGGCCCUGGUUGUAUCGUGUGAUACGGUAUUUUCCUUCCACGAACUUUCAAUCAUAUCUUCGUCACAUUCUGCAUAAUCCGUGAGCAUAGAUUUUGUAUAAACCGAUUUUUUAACGAUGUAUGUCGAAGAUCACGAAAUGACGUUAAAAAAUAUUGUAUCGGAUCUGUUGUAUAUCGGAUUUACUGGUUUCUACCAAUAAGAAAUUAAGAAAUUAAUCGCGUAUACAGGAUAUACGCGGCUCGCAUUGUCGAUUAUAUAUGUAUACAGUAUGUACUAGAUUAACAUUCUUCAAUCACGUAUUAUAUAUGCAAUUCGAAAUAUGUAUACGUAUUUGAUACAUACCGUAAGCGUGAAAUUGUCAUAAUUUUACAAUGGCAACGUCUCUUGUCAAUCAAUCGAUCAAUUAAUCAAUUCCACCGAGAGAGAUCUAUAUUGUAUGCGAAUAGCAAUUUUUGAUAAUGUAUCGAGAGAUCGCUUUGAAGCGGAGCUUCUGGAGUGAGAAUUGUUUGAACGUUCGAUUUUAACCUGUUAAUUGAGAUAUUUGAUCGGGUGUUUCCUUGCAGAAUUUUUGCCGUUAGUUGAAAAAUUUCAACACUUAGAUGCUGAAUUUUUAUGAUUCUCAAUUAACAGGUUAAAUCUCUACGAAUAUUUUACAGUCACUCGUGUCAUUUGAAAUACACAUGCACAUUUUAACUUCCUCAAAAUCUGCAACAAUUUCAUUACAAGUAGGAAUUGUUAUAAAUUCCAAAACACUAUAAUUUGCAAUCUGAUUUUUCUUGUACGGUCAAAUCAAUUUAAUGUACAAGUUUUAAUAGCUGAAUAUUAUAGUUUCAAAAUCAGUAAAUUGUUGAUUUUAAAAAUCAGUCAUUCAGUUGAUUUUAAAAAUCAAUAUCAUUUGACUCCAAAAGUCAUUCAGUUGAUUUUAAAAAUCAAUAUCAUUUGUCUCCAAAAGUCAUUCAAUUGUUUCCAAAAAUUAUUAGAUUGAUUUUAAAAAGCAGUGUCGAUUGAACUGAUUUUAGAAAUCAUUGUCAUCGAAUUGAUUUUAAAAAUCAAUGCCAGAGGGUUAAAAGAGAAUAAUUAGAUUUUGUAAACAAUCUAAGAUCCGUCAAACUUUUCUACCAGUUUUUAAUAUUUUUUAGCUGAAAGAAAGAAAAUGACAAACAAUUCUAUGUACCGUCGAUACGCAACAAACGCACAAGGAUCAUUGUAAUCGUGCCAUUAUAAAUCAUUGAUCGGAUGCUUUUGCGAUAUUUAACGAUCGAAACGGACCGUACUUACAUAUUUAAUGCUGGUGAACGAACGUGUUGCGAAAUAUUGUUUAACAAGAAUUUUGCGAAAGGAGAUAACGUUGGUUCCUCUCUCAAUCGUACGCGUUUGCGGCGCGUGGUUGAUAUUAACGCGUAUAACCGAAAAGGAAAAUUGUUUCGAAAGUGAAUGUUGAAAGUGCAAUCCAUCGAUACUUUAAGUACUAGGGAGAAGAGGACACGAAAAGCAUUUCAUAAAUUAGGAAUUUGAAGAUAGUUAAAAUUGAGAUUAGUCAAAUUUUUAAUUUGUGAUGUUUAAAUUGAAAUAUUGUAAAGCACGUCGGUACUGUUAAUCAUUCCAUGGAACGAUGAACGUAUACUAAGUUGCAUUUUCAUGUUUAUACAAAAAGUCACAUUCCGUGUCCAGAGAAUCAAAUUCUGAAGAUACACUCUAGAAGAUAUAGCGUGGUCCUAAAUUAAACUUUGUCUAAAAAUCCCUCCAAGGGAUAAGAACAAAAAAUAAUUCCAAAAACUUGCUUUAAUUUACGACUGCGCUAUAAAUUUUGGAGUUAAAGCGUCGGUUUUGUACCAAUUGGUCCCGAGUAUCGAGACGUAAAAAUUAAAGGGCCGUUUGCAAUUUUGCGCACCUAGAUUUAAGGUUUAGUCAGAGAACAUGCUUUGUUUUGUAAAGCAGAGAAAAUUGUUGGAUAAACGCGUGAGGAAGGUUAUCUAUUAUUGCUAAGGAUACGAUUCUUUAAUUCCAUUUUUUUAAUCGAUUCGUCAAUUUAAAAAAACAGAGAAAUUGAAAUGCGUUCAGAUACACAGGUGAAUUCUGUGCGUACAUGAACGUGUGUGUACGUCACCGUAGAUAUAAUUUAAUGUAACCGUAAUUUAAAUAAAAAGAAAUUUAUCUACGAA